UUUUGCAAGAUCUGUUGGUGUUUGACGGUUAAGCCGACUUUGGGUAGAUUUUUCUUUAUUUGGUAGUCUUCUCAUCAUAGGAUUUGUAUGCGUUAAUAGUCUAUUUAUGUGUCUUCUGCUAGCGCUUUGUAUUGUUUCAUCAAUAGUAUCGAUGUCAAGGUCGCGAUGAAUAUCUGCGUUACGUAUGUACCAAGGUGCAUUAGUUAAGGCCCUACGUAUUUAUGAAAAUAAUGUUUCAAUUCAAUUGAGCAAUGCUUUCUUUGACCAAUUCUAUAUGGAAAUGAAUGCGUUUGCAAACGAUGUUUUCGGCUAUGAACAAAUGUUGGAAUCGAAUGAAAAAGGAAAGAAACGCGAAAUGAAAAAAAAAAUUCUUGGAAAAUUUAAAAUGAAUGGUGCUUCAUUGGAAAAAUUCAAAGAAGUACACCACACAACAACUCAUUCCAACUCUGAUUUUGAAAUCCUGUUGGAAUUGGUGAUCGAUAAUUUUGUCACUAUAAUGGUCAAUGGAAAUUUGCGUGUAUCAGACCCUGCAUAUUAUUUACCAUAUCAACUUUUUAUGGAACAUAUGGACCAAAUGAACACAAAAAAAUAAUUUAGUUUUGUUUUGAUUUUUUGCAACAUUUUGGUUUUCAGUUAAUACAAUAAAAACAAUAUUGUUUUUUCGUGAA